AUGUCAGGGGCCUCCUGCUGCCACAGGUGCUGCCUGGGGAUAGGAGGCUGAAUGGACACCCCACGGCACUUCCAUGGAGACUUUCCAUGUUUCCAUCUUUCAGAUAAGGACCUUGCAGAGUCUGUGCUUUUAGUUUCCUCCUAAAUGAAAGUGCAAAUGUGUUUGAAUUAAUCACUGAAACUCCUGUGUCAUUGCACUGGGAGAUAAUCAAACCUGCCUGGAACAUCACAAAUUCUGCAUACAGACCCAUCUGCCUACAGACAGCACCAGAAUCCUUUUUGUUGUCCACAACUGCAGACAAUGAGAUGCUCCUGAACACUGCCUGUUCAGGGCCACAUGGGUCUUGUGACAGAAACGCUCUGCAGAGCUGGUUUAGGCUGCCCCUCAUCUGUCCCUCCAUAGCAGAUGCCUUCCUGAAAGAAAGCCUCCUCUCCUUCCCUCCCACCCACCACAGCCUCUCCCUCCAAGGCCCUGGGGCCAGGCUGUGAGCAGCUGCUCUGCAGUCACAGCUCCGCACAGCAGAGGUUCAUCUCUCCUGACAUGGGCUCCUUUGGCUCUGAGAUCCAAGAGGCUACGAGUUACAGCCCUGGGACUGUGCUGCCUGGGAGGUGGGUGAGCAGCUGGGGAAGGAGAAGGCUUCCUGGAAUGCCUCUGGCAACAGCAGUGCAGAUGGGGGUGGUAAGCUCCACUUCUGCCACUCAUCCUGUCCUAGGGACGUUUUCUUGUGGCCUCUGUCAAUGUCUCUGUUGCACUUCUCAAGCUGUGUGCAGUGCAGUUGUCUCAGAUUGAGGAAUGAUCUCCCUCUCCAGGAUACAUCAGCUCGAGGCUACCGCUGUGGGGGUGCCCUGGAAAGCUGCCACAAGCCCCAAGAUGGGCACAGCUCCUUUGUGCCCUUCCUCCAGUCUGAGAGCCUUUGCUCCAGCCCAGUGAAUCUGAGCUGGGUGCAAAGGUAUCUUGCUAUCCACCAAACUAUGUGCUCUCCAUGAUGCAUAGGGUAUCUGAUGGAAUAGUUACAUACUGAAAAUUAAAUUGAAUACAGACUCUGCACUACCACAACAAAUCCCUAUACAGAAGAUUUGGUCCGUCCUGCCUUCAUGAGCUUCUUUCUCUCCCUUGUCAGACCUGGGAGCUUGAGAUCUCUGAUUCUGAUUUUAUGGCCCCAUCUCUGAAGAAGGGCAGUGUAGGAUGAGAGGAAUCCCUCCUUCGUUCAUCACAAAGACAGAUGGCCAGUCUGCCAGUUUCACCACUGUCUGACAAACAGGGAAGAUCCCCACAGAGCUGCUGAUGCAAUGUGACACAUUCAGUGAGGGAUCCAACUGCAGAAAACGUCCAAACGUCCCCCAUCAAAUAGAGGAAAGACUGCUGGAAACCUCCAUGUGUGCAGAGGUUUAGAACAGAGCUGACUGACUCUUCUGAAGGCUUUCCUAACACACCUUUGUCUUAUUCCCCAAGACAGGACCACAUGCUCAAAGGCAGCAGAUGCCCAACAGAAGCUCCAUCAGCGACUUCCUCCUCCUGGCAUUCACAGACACGCGGCAGCUGCAGCUCCUGCUCUUCUGCCUCUUCCUGGCCAUCUACCUGGCUGCCCUCCUGGGCAAUGGCCUCAUCAGCACAGCCGUAGCCUGCCACCACUGCCUGCAAACCCCCAUGCACUUCUUCCUCCUCAACCUCGCCCUCCUGGACCUGGGCUGCAACUCCACCACUCUCCCCAAAGCCAUGGACAAUGCCCUCGGGGACACCACCACCAUCUCCUACUCUGGAUGUGCUGCACAGGUCUUUUUCUUUCUCUUCUUCAUCUCAGCAGAGUAUUCCCAUCUCACCAUCACGGCCUAUGACCGCUAUGUUGCCAUCUGCAAGCCCCUGCACUACGGGACCCUGGUGGGCAGCAGAGCUUGUGCCACCAUGGCAGCAGCUGCCUGGGGCACUGGGGUUCUCUACUCCCUGCUGCACACUGCCACUACAUUUUCACUGCCACUGUGCCAAGGCAAUGCUUUGGAACAGUUCUUCUGUGAAAUCCCUCAGAUCCUCAAGCUCUCCUGCUCAGACUCCUACCUCAGGGAAGUUGGGCUUAUUGUGGUUAGUGUCCUUGCCGUAUUUGGAUGUUUUGUUUUCAUUGUGCUGUCCUAUGUGCAGAUCUUCAGGGCCGUGCUGAGGAUGCCCUCUGUGCAGGGACAGCACAAAGCCUUUUCCACGUGCCUCCCUCACCUGGUUGUGGUCCUCCUGUUUCUCAGCACUGGCACCUUUGCCAACCUGAAGCCGCCCUCCAUCUGCUCUCCAUCUCAGGACCUGGUGGUGGCAGUUCUGUACUCCGUGGUGCCUCCAGCAGUGAACCCCCUCAUCUACAGCAUGAGGAACCAGGAGCUCAAGGAUGCUCUCUGGAAAAUGAUGACAAGAUGUGUUCUGAAAGCAAGGAACUGCCCAUCUUCUUCUAUAUAGGACUUCUAAUGCAGGUUUAUACAGAAUCCAACUGUCUUAUUUUGGGUUGUGUAUUUUUUUGUUAAGUGGAAUUUAUUACAGAUUUUAUUCUGUGUGUUAAAUAUUGUAAUGUUUUUCACUGAAGUGUCAUUACCCAUAUCAAUGACUACUCAGUUUGUUCCUAUGUGGUGUAGCCCAGAGACACUGUACAUAAGGAACCAGGCUGUCCCUGAAUCUUAACAAAAUACUGGACAUUCAGUGACUUGGUCUGUCAUCCUUCUUGGGAGACAUUUCCAGAGCUGCCACGGUCAGAUGUUCUCAGAAACCCACAGUCCAGCAGGAAGCACACGGCUGUUCAUCCAGCUGUGCGGUGACUUCUGUCUGAAGUAGCUGGCGGGUCAUCCCUUGGCUCCUGGCUGGGGUCUGUGCUUUCAGGCUCACAUCUGUCAGUGCCUUCGACAGGCCAGCAGCAGCACCUGGUUUGCACACCGCUUGUGAGAUCCCCUCUUCCUAAGACCCUGAGAUAUUUCCUACAGGAAGAUGUCUUGGGUAUGGGUUCCCAUGUCACCCGUUCCUAAAAUCUUCCCUCAGGACGUAUUCCAUUCUGUACUCAGAGGUGGACGCUGCCUCCAGGAUGGUCUGUGGUAGAUGAAUCAUGCACAAAGGUCUGAUCAAGGCUCCCCAGGACCUACAGCAGCCAUUCUGGAGCAUGGGCUGGUAGGCAGAAAACUGCCCCUAAUGAGGUGCCUGACAGGAGGAGAUCAGGAGAAGCCUGGAGAACAGAGAUGGGAAUUGAGGUGAGGAAGAGGAGCUUGGAGGACAAAAAAAACAGAAAUUUUGAAGAGGAAAGAGGGGUUCAGGCCAUGCUGAUGCUGCUGUCACUCACUCCGACUGCAAAACCCACCAACCAUAAGCCUUGUUUGUACCCAUAAGUGCAUUCCUCACCCUGUCAGGAAUCCACUGCAAUAACGCUGAACCUCAAAGCUUCUCUUGACACCCAAAUUCAAAACCCCAGUCCCCUAGCAAUACCUUUACUCUCUUGCCCACUCCAAUCCUUAGCCCAGGGGUGUCCACCCUUCUGGCUUGCCUGGGCCACAUUUAGUGAAUGGAAAUAGUCUCUCCAAAAGGAAUGCCUCCUAUUUAUUUCCAUGGAAACUACGACAGAGACAAAGACCACAAUAACACUAUUUGAUCGAGCAACUUCUCAGUGACAAAACACUGCUUUUCAACAUCGUCACCACCAUGAGCUAUUCAUUUUCACCAGCAAUGAAGAAGAGUCUGCAUUCCAUGCUCAUAACAACCAGCACCAGCAAAGGUGACCCACUGUCACCACUGCUGAAACACACACUGAUGUGGGGCUGUGGGAACACGUCCAGAGGAGGGUGACAAACAUGAUCCAAGAGAUGGAUCACCUCUCCUACAAGGACAGGCU